AUGGAUGCCAAGAAGUUCCUGCAGAUGGUCGAAGACAAGAAGAAGAGACUCCUCGAGAAGAAGGAAGCCCCUCUGAAAUGGCAGCAGAAACUGGAAGCAGCAAUCAAGGCCACUGAAGAAAAGGAGAAGAAGCUCAAGUCGAAAAAGCACAGGAGACGAAGCUAUUCUUCCUCAGAAUCUGACAGUGAAUCCGAGAGCGACAGUGAUCGGAAACACAGGAAGAGGAAGGACCGCAAAAGGCACAAAAGACAUGGCCAUUCUGACUCUGAUGGUGCCAGGAGGCGCAAGCACAGGUCAAAGAGGAGGAGCUCGGGCUCUAGCGACGAGAGCGACAGUGAUGAAUAUGAUGGCGAAUCUGAAGAAGAGCGCCGAAGGAAGAAGCACUCGCACAGGAGGAAGCAUCGCCGACACUCUUCAAGGUCAGAGUCUGACGCCUCAGAUUACAGCAGCGAUGAUGAUGAGCGAAGGUCAACCAGGAAGGACCAUUCUAGGAGCCGGAGGCGUCGCCACCGGUCCUCAGACGAUGAAUCUGAGGAGAAGAUCAGGUCGAGGCAUAGGAAGCGUCAUCACAGAUCAAGUGACGAGGACAAGCCGUCAGAUUCUGACAACCAUAAGCGCCACAGGAGCCGCUCUAUGUCCUUGGAUGAUGGUGCUGCUGGUGAGCCAGACAAGAUGAAUGAUGGCAAGGGGUCUCACAAAAGCCGGCACCACCGCCGCCACCACCAUCACCAUCAUGAUCAUCGUGCGAACUCUGCUGAACCCAGAGACGGGAAGCAACUCGUGUAA